UAUUCCCCACACUCAUCCGUCGCCAAUGAGCAUGCAUGACGUUGGUCUCUAUGACUACACCAUAGUAUAAAUGGACAAAGGUGCAGUAGACAUUACAGUGCGGUCAGAGAAGAGAAAGAACAUGUUGCUGUUCAGAGUUCCACACUGCUUGCCUUUACUGGUUGUAACAUGCUGGGCAGUUCUCCAUGGCGUCGAUGGUGAUUGUGGUUCUGGCGGUGAUUGCCAGAAUAGUGGAACAUGCCCAUCAGACACUUGUGUCUGUGACGGUACUGGGUACGAUGGUGUCACCUGCGGAAAUGAUAUCGAUGAAUGUACAGCAACUGAUGCCAACAAACAUGACUGCCACGAACACGCAGACUGUACAAAUACGCCUGGAUCCUUCACCUGCAAAUGCAAGUCUGGAUUUGUCGGCGAUGGAAAGACUUGCACAGGUACUGUUUGUACAGCGGAUGGCAACGAGUGCUUAAAUGGCGGUACUUGUAAUAUCCCUUCGGGUGGUACAGCUGGUACAUGUUCAUGUGAAAGUGGAUACAGCGGUCCUCUUUGUGCAGAUGCCUCUGGUGCUGCUACGGUAUCGGUGCACUUCCUUCUGCUCAUAGUUGUUGCUGUCCUCGCAACGUUGUGCCUCAAUUGAAUACAAACCGGACCGGAACACGACUAAUACAGUGUAGUAGAUGUGUUUAAUUUUCCUACAAGACUUCAUAGACUUGGAUACUUCAUUUCGUUUAAUGUUGUGAUUGAUUAAUUGUUCUUACGAGACACGCACUUAAUCUGGUUACAGUAACAUCAUUCAAUAUUUUCAACAAUAGAUGGUCGUUUUAGUGGUGACAUGUGUGAAAUGUUUCAUCCUGAUAAGAAAUUUAACAGUGUGAAUAGUGGAACAAAUACGCCCAUAUUUGAAAAACUUAAACCCUAGCAUAAUUCAUAGAAAGAUACACGUACACGUGUGUUAUUCGGACCUGUAUUUCAGUGAUUUUUAUAUUCGUCUGUUUCACGCCAAUGUAAUUCCCUCACUGUUGAUAAGAAGACAAAAUUCGUCCCUGGUUACUUUUAGGCCAUUGAUGACAUGUUACUGAUGACGUGGAACUGUCUCCCAGUGACCACCGACACAGAGUAAAUGUUAUCUACUUCUUAUCUACAGUGACAAUGAGCGAUUGUUAUCUACCCACCCAAAGGACCUUUUAUGAUGUAUCAUCUGAUUAAUAGUUUAUAAUAUAAUAAAAUACAUGCAUUAAAGUUU